CGGAAGUUGUAUGCAUGCCCGUCAAGGCGUCCUCUGGAAGUUUUACACAAUUUAAAGACAUUAUUUUUCAUAUUGUUAAGAGAUUAAUAGUAUACCACAUUUAUUAGUCAGACUGUUAACUGACGGUUGAACGAUGACGUCCAGAGGGACGCCGAGUCGCUUCCUAAGAAGCGUUCUACAGAACGGCGUCGGUCGAUACGUCUGUCAGCUGAAACGAGUCUCCAUCAUCUUCUCCAAGAAGGGACAGAGCUCACUGGGAGUUAGGGACUUUAUUGAAGAGGGAGUUAUGGAUUAUGCUAAAAGUAACCCUGGAACUGUUGUGUAUGUGUCUCCUCAGUCCUGCGGCCUCCCUAAAAUAGUGGCAGAAUACUUAAAUGGCCAUGUAAGGGAGGAAUGUAUCAAAACCAAAACAGCGCCACAGAUUUCUGAGAUUCUCACCAAGCUCACCAACCAGUCGGGCCAGGACAUCAUCCGCAUCCGCAAGCCCUACCACACUGAUAAUCCCAGUAUCCAGGGCCAGUGGCACCCCUUCACCAAUCGGCCCCUGUCCAUUGGCCCCAUCAAACCACAGAGACGCAAUCCAGACUAAGGACUGAGCAAAGUUGAAGCCAAAACAUUUUCAGAAAAUCAGUGAAUAUACUAAUUUCCUGAAUUGUCUGUCAUCUACGUCUGGUGUUUGAAGCGUUUUUCUGUAACAAGCAGCUGUUAUUUAGGUAUUUUUGACCAUGUUUCGUUUUGCUGGCUGCUUUAAAGCCAUGCACAGAAACAUGUAUGUUCAUAAUACAUAUUGAAUAGUCUUUAAAUGGCUGGCUGCUAAGAGACGGAAAACUGUUUUUAACCUUAAGGUUAUUUGAAGUUUUGUGUAAUAAAUGCAGCACAUUGCAGAUGGAUCUUUGUUUUUUAUGAAAUUAAAUAAAUUGUUCUGGAAAUGCUUUUGUUCCUCAGUAUUUAGAUUCAGAUGUGUCUGAGCAGCAUGUCAGAAGCAGCUCAGCAGAGGAAAGCUGGCUGCAGCUGUGCUGCUGGUAUCCUUGAGUUUUACUGAUGUACUUUCAUUAUUUGCAUAGAACAUUGAAUAUACAUGUUUUUACACUUCUUUACUGACAAAGUUUCUGGAUGUCCUUGCUGCACAUGCUUACAUGAUCCUGAGCUUAAACGAGCUUGACAGAUGGUUGUGUGAUAGCUUGAGGGACGACACUUUUUUUUUUUUUUUAAACCUUCAGUGUGAGCUGUCUGAAUGUGCUGCAACAGGAGAAGGAAACUUGUGCUGCUCCAGCGGUUGAUUUGUUUAAAUUCGACGAGGCACAUGCUGGCAAAACGAUAGCUGCUUUCUCUGCAGUUCUCACCUCAAAUUCAUCAUGUCUGACUGCAGAAGGCAUGGAGAGUUAACCUCAGUGUUGUCCUCAACAGGAGUACACACAUGCAGCCAAGAAGUCAGUGUGAAUACAGAUGCAGUAAUGACGUCUACUGCUAAGUUUUAUGAAAUUGACGCAGUAUAUAGAGGUGACAUUGCAGAAGAUGGUAAUAAAAGUG